AUGAGUGUUCGGUGGAAGUGCGACCUCGACAAGCCUGUGCUUAUUAGCAACUUUCGUCGACGAGGCUGGGUAGACGUUACAAACGAAGCAGAUGACACGGAUGGAUGGGACCUCUGGUGGGCGAACGUGCAAAACAUAAAGGCGCUCUUCGCUGACGUCCUAACCCGCCUGCAGCCACACCAGCGGGUCAACCAUUUUCCAAACCACUAUGAGCUCACGCGCAAGGACCUUAUGGUGAAAAACAUCAAGCGCUACCAGAAGCAGAUAAAGCGCGGGGGAGGCAAUCCGGACGACUUGGACAUCAUCCCCACCACAUUUGUGCUGCCGCAGGACUACAUGCUGUUUGCGGAGGAGUUUCGCCGCUCCUCUCUUCAACAGCAGCAUCAGCAGCAGCAGGCGGGGGCCUCAGCAGGCGCCACAUGGAUCAUGAAGCCGUCCUCGCGGUCGCAAGGCAAGGGCAUCUUCCUCAUCAACAAGCUCAGCCAGCAGAUUAAGCAGUGGAGUGUGGGCAGCCUCCCCCCCGCCCUGCGCAGCGGUGCGGACAACUAUGUGGUGUCCAGGUACAUAGAUAAUCCGCUGCUGAUCGGCGGUAAGAAGUUCGACAUGCGCAUGUACGUGGUGGUGACCAGCUUCAAGCCACUCAAGGUGUACGUGUCCCGACUUGGGUUCGGUCGGUUCUGCAAUGUCAAGUACAGCGGCGAGGUGGCGGAGCUGCGGAACGACUUCAUGCACCUGACCAAUGUGGCCAUUCAGCAGCACGGCGAGGACUACAACGAGCAGCACGGCAACAAGUGGCCGCUGGAGCUCAUGCGGCUGUACCUGGAGGGCACUCGCGGGGUGGAGGCGGCGGACAGGCUGUUUGCGGAUAUUGAGGGUGUCAUCCUCAGGUCGCUGCGCGCCUGUCAGAACAUCAUUGUGAAUGACCGCCACUGCUUCGAGCUGUACGGGUACGACAUCAUUGUGGACGACACCCUGAAGCCCUGGCUCAUAGAGGUGAACGCCAGCCCCUCCCUCACCACCACCACGCAGGCAGAUCGGCUGUUGAAGCACCGGGUCAUCAGCGACACCCUCAACAUCAUCACCCCACCGGACUGGCUGGCCCUCACCGACCCCGCCGCACUGCCCCCCGACAUGCGCGACGUGGACCCCGCCGAGUGA